UGGAGGUGAUAACAGAUCUACAGCGGCAGAACGAGGUUAUGCGGCAGCAGAUCGCGGAACUCACACGGCGCCUGGUAGUGCGAGAUUUGGAGGAUCAUGAGGAGUCAGAUCACGGAUCCCGAUCAUCGUUCGAGAACCCGUAUCAUCGCGAACCUCACGGUCGUGAUUUUCGCGUCCGUGAUGACUAUCGCGGAGGGCUAGGGUUUAAGGUGGAAAUCCCUAGUUUUACAAGAACCCUGCAGGCCGAUGAUUUCAUUGACUGGCUGAACGUGGUGGAUCGGAUCUUUGAGUAUAAGAACGUUCCUGGUCGUGACAAAAAAAGGGCCCUUGCAGUUGAGAAGCAGCAGAACAGGAAGCCGGUGACCAACAACCGUCCGACUCGACCCCAAGAGCCUCGACCGACCACACAGGGAGUCCAAGGGACGCAUGGAGCUUCUAGUAAAGAUGAUGUGCUUUACGGAGACGGACAUGAGAAUCUUGUUGUGCGUAAGAGCCUGCUAGCUCCAAAGGAUGACUCUAAGGAUGAUUGGUUAAGGAACAACAUCUUCAGUACAACCUGCACCAUUGGAGCGAAGCAGUGGGACUUAGCUCUUCCUCAAGCAGAAUUUGCCUACAACAGGUCGACGAGCAGGACCACUGGCAUGAGUCCAUUUCAGGUUGUCUAUGGUUGGAACUCGACAGGGGUCCUAGACUUGGCCCCUAUUCCACGUGUGGGGCGUUUUCAUCCUAGAGCCAAGGAGAUGGCAGAGCAUCUGAAGGAAAUUCAUGAGCAAGUGCGGAGUAAGAUUGAGGAGAGCAACAACAGGUACAAGGCCGAGGUGGACAAACAUCGUCGUAAAGUUCUUUUUUAUGUCGGAGAUUUUGUUUGGGCUGUAUUAACUAAAGAUCGCUUCCCUGUUGGCGAGUAUGAUAAACUCAAGGAUCGAAAAAUUGGACCCUGCGAGAUAGUUCAGAAGAUCAAUGAUAAUGCUUACCGAUUGCGGCUACCCAGUCACUUGAAAACGUCUGAUGUUUUCAAUGUGAAGCACCUAACUCCUUGUUUCUUGGAUUCUAAGGAAGAUGAUAUGAACUCGAGGGCGAGUUCUUUCCAACCCGGGGUGACUGAUACAGGAGAGAAUUAAGGCCUUCAUUUUUUAAUUUUUGUGUCUUUGGGCCUUUGGCCUUUUUUUAGUUAGCCCAUUUAUUUUUAUUCUUAGGCCCGUUUUGUCUUCCAUCUUUUAGGGAUUUUACAUGCAAAUAAAAAUAUCCAUGUAGAAUUUGGGAAAUUUUUUGAUGAAACUAAAAUAAUAAUAAUUUAGAGGUUGAGGCCAAAACUAAAAAAAUAAUCAUUUAGACAUUAUUGACAAGUCUAAAACUUAGCCUGGCAACGAUUCCAACUUGCUCCUUCAAAGGUGUUUCCUUAUUCCAAUGUUUCAUCUGUUUUAUCAUCUCAUGUGCCUUUUAUUGCCAUACACCCCCUAUUGGACGUUGUUUCCUUUCUUCUACCACUUCAAAAUAAUAAAAGUGAUAUUCUAUUGAUUACAGUGAUUUAAAGUGAUUCAAGUAUCCUCUUUUGAUUCUAUUUCAUUGUUGAAAAAUUCUAUUACCCAGAUUAAUAUGGACAACAAUUGGCAAUCAAAGUCAUUCCCUUUUGUGAUUAAUGCGAGAAUGAUAUAUUUCUGUUACUACAACCAUUU